AUGUCGGCCCUCCGCGCUGGCGUGGCCGCCCGGCCCGCUGCCCUCUCCGCCUCCCGCGUCGCUGCCCGCCGCUCUUUUGCUACCUCGCGAAACAUGCGAAUGGCUGCCGCCGCCUCCGAGAAGUCCCUGUUCCCUGGCGAGCCCGAGGCUCCCACCGUCAAGACUGCCAUUCCCGGCCCCAAGACCAAGCAGCACAUCGAGGAGCUCACUCAGGUCUUUGAUACCCGCAGCAUGAACAUGCUUGCCGACUACACCAAGAGCAAGGGCAACUACAUUGCUGACCCUGACGGUAACGUACUUCUCGACGUCUUCGCUCAGAUUGCCUCCAUCGCCAUCGGUUACAACAACCCCGCCCUCAUCAAGGCUGCUUCCAGCCCCGAGAUGGUCAGCGCCAUUGUGAACCGUCCCGCCCUUGGUGCUUUCCCUUCGCAUGACUGGGCCGAUCUUCUCAAGUCCAGUCUCCUCACCGUUGCUCCUCGCGGCCUGGACCAUGUAUUCACAGCCAUGACUGGUUCCGACGCCAACGAGACAGCUUACAAGGCCGCCUUCAUGUACCGCCGACAGCAGGAGCGCGGUGGCCCCGAUGUUGAGUUCACUGAGCAAGAGCUGGAGAGUGCCAUGCUCAACCAGGCCCCUGGUGCCCCAGAGCUCUCUAUUCUCUCUUUCAAGACUGGCUUCCACGGCCGCUUGUUCGGCUCGCUCUCCACUACCCGCUCCAAGGCCGUUCACAAGAUCGACAUUCCCGCCUUUGACUGGCCCCAGGCUACCUUCCCCAAGCUCCAGUAUCCCCUGGAGGACAACGUCGAGGAGAACCGCAAGAUUGAGCAGGCCAGCCUUGACGAGGUCGAGCACCUCAUCAAGAACUACCGCCUGCCUCCUUGCGCCGUUGUUGUCGAGCCCGUUCAGAGUGAAGGUGGUGACAACCACGCCUCGCCCGACUUCUUCCGCAAGCUUCGCGCCCUGACCAAGAAGCACAACGUCCUCCUGAUCGUGGACGAGGUUCAGACCGGUGUCGGUGCUACCGGCAAGUUCUGGGCUCAUGAGCACUGGAACCUCGAGACCCCUCCCGAUAUCGUGACCUUCUCCAAGAAGGCUCAGGCUGCCGGUUUCUACUAUGGUGAUGCCGCCAUCCGUCCCAACAAGCCUUACCGUCAGUUCAACACCUGGAUGGGUGAUCCUUCGCGAGCCAUCCUCUUCAAGGCCAUCGUCGAUGAGAUCAACCGACUCGACCUUGUCAACCACACCGCUCGCGUUGGUGACUACCUCUACGGCGAGCUUGAGGGUCUUUCCCGCAAGUAUCCUGGCCAGUUCCAGAACCUCCGUGGCAAGGGCCAGGGCACAUUUAUCGCCUUUGACAACCCCAAGCGCGACCAGUUCCUCGCCAAGUCCAAGGCCCUCGGUGUCAACAUUGGUGGCAGCGGUACUGAUGCUAUCCGCCUGCGCCCCAUGCUCAUCUUCCAGCAGAAGCACGCCGAUAUUCUCCUCGACACUGUUGAGAAGAUUGCCAAGGAGUAA